AUGUAUGAUCCCUGCACGAUGGCGCGCUCGGUGUGCUUCCUUCUGAUCGCCCUGGCAGCCGGGCUCCGAUCCAAGAGCGAUUCGGCCUGGGCCUGGGAGGAGCACCCGGCGAGCUCCGCCGAGGAGCUUCAGGAGCUCUUGAGAACCGUGCUGGCGCAGAGCAGCGCGGCUGAGGCCACCGGGGAAGAUCCCGGCGAUGCAGCAGCACAGGAGGGGACGCUCAGAGAGCGGAUUGCCCGCAUCAGGAAGGACUGGCAGAGUGCCAGCGCCACCGCUUGCCAUCAACAGCUUGGGCGGUUGAUAAGUAACCUCACGCUUGCGUGCGACGGCUUGCAGCCGAAAGCCGACUGGCUUCUUGACUACUACAUGCCGGCCCUACCGAACAAGUCAUGCGCCGAGAGCGUCAGCGACAUCUUCGCUGUAGGAAGCAAAGUGGUAGAAAUCCUCCAUGUCUCCAGACAUGCUGUAGCCUCCUUCGAUGUGGCCGGCGAAGAUCUCCGUCGAUAUCAAGCACUCUCCUUUUUGCGGAGCUGGCUGGUGAAGCUGACCGAGACUCAUGAUCAUGCGCUGCUUUGGGCCGGCUUCUGGGACGGUGACCCCGAGAACCGAACGACGCAGGAGAAGCUGUCCAAUUUUGCCAAGGCAAUAGAGCACGCGACCUUGCACCCUGACAGCUUCCUGGGCCAAGCCAUCGAGGCGAGCGAGAACCUCGAUUCCUGCUACAAGGACCCCCAGACCAGUGCGCUUGCAGGGAACAUGUGGUCCAUUGCAAGCAUGAGCUUCGUGCUCGGGAUGCGCGAAAAGGCACAGGGAACCGUCAUCGCGCUGGUCAACAAACAGAUCACAGGCGAGCGUAACUUGUCAGAGUCCGUGCUGUCCACGCAUGAAAUCCCAACAGUGGGGCUCGCAGCCUGGGGCCUCGGGUUCUGGUCUCCGAAAGUGCUUGUUGUGGACCUCAUGGGCACGUGCGACCAGACGAGCCCGGCGCUACAGAAGCGGCUCCUCGCUCGCCUGCCCUCUUGGGCCAAGUCAAUGACGAACUGGAGCCCAGAAGCCUUCGCGAUGAGGUCGCGGCUCCGGUGGCAGUGCAUCGACUGCUCGGGCGCUUGCAGCCUGGACGCGGCUUUCGCAGCACACGUGGAGAAGCUGGUCAAGGCCAAGGAGCAGCAGGACCGGAAGGACCAAGAGCUGCUCCAGGUCGUGAGUCCACAAAACGCCCGCGAAGCCGCUGCCGGGUUCAGCCGAGAGGAGGUGCGCCUCGCAGACGAGAUGUUCUCACAUCACAAACUCGAACGGCGAGUAUGGAAGAAGCUGAAGCAUCACAGAGAUGAGCAGGAGGACCUGUUCCUGAAGGCUUUUCAUAAAGCCGCUGCAGGAGAGGAAGCCACCAGCCAGCAUCUUCGGGUGGAGCAGCUGCUUCACCAGAACGCAGAUCCUAGCUCGCCGGACCGGCUGGGCCGCACAGCCCUCACUUGUGCUGCCGAAGAAGGCCACCUGAAGGUGGUCGAAGCGUUGCUGAAAGCCGGAGCUGAGUUGGAGGCCCGCAGUGAGGCUGGCAAAACGGCUUUGACAGUCGCUGCCAUGAAUACCCGUGGCCACGGCCGCCUGAGCGUGGUCGAGGCGUUGCUGCGGGCCGGAGCUGAGCCGGAGGCCUGUGAUGCGGAUUGCAUUAUCUCAGUCGGAACGACGGGCCACCCGAAGGUGUUCGAGGCGUUGCUGAAGGCCGGAGUUCCGCUGGAGGCCCGUGAUCUGUAUGGCAGCACGGCCCUCCUCUCCGCUGCAUGCUUUUGGGACUUGCACCUGGUCGAUGUUCUGGUGAGGGCCGGAGCCCAGCUGGAGGCCCGCGAUCAGUAUGGCGGCACAACCCUCAUGUCCGCUGCAGGGUGCGGCGACUUGGAGGUGGUGGAGGUCUUGAUCAGGGCCGGAGCCCAGCUGGAGGCUUCUUCUUGGCGUGGAACAGCUCUCACUCUCGCUGCGGAUAAUGGCCAUUUGAGGGUUGUCGAGGUGUUGCUGAAGGCGGGAGCCCAGCUGGAGGCCCGGGAUAAGGAAGGCAACACGGCCCUCAUGUGGACUGCAGCAAGCGGCCAUGUGAAGGUGGUCGAGGCCUUGCUUAGGGCUGGAGCCCAGAUUGAGGCCCGCAGUGCGGAUGGCUUCACAGCCCUCACUUGGGCGGUGGAUGAAGGCCAGCUGCAGGUGGUCGAGGCCUUACUGAAGGCAGGAGCCCGUGCAGAGGCCCUCGACAAGAAGCUCGCACAAGAUAAAGGGCACUUGCAGAUUGCGGCCACAAUUUUGGGUUCUGCCUACAGCUCCAACGAUCUCUCCGAGGCGUUCAUCUCGGCCGGCUGUGACCAGGAUCUGGCGGCAAACCUGCUGCUGGAGGAGGGUCAGGAGGCUCCAGAGCAGCCUUUGGCCAACUUUGGAGCCCCGGGCCUGCCGCAGCCCUCCUACAUCGUGACCAGGAGGGUACCGGGAGCUUUUCCGGGACCGGCUUUGGACGAGAAGCAGUGGCGCUUAUCGCCUAGUGAGGAGGCUGCAGUGAAGCGGCUCCAGGACCUGGGCUUCGAUCGGCCGACGGCCUUCAAGGCAUUCUGGAAUUGCCACAAGAACGAAGAAGAAGCUGGGAACCGGCUGCUCCUGUGA